CCGCGCAGCGCCGCCUCGACGCGUCGCCAUGAAGGACGCGGCCUACCAGGAAGUCUCCCGGGAGGAUCCCGGUGCGCCGGCAGACGAUGGGCUGGAGGCCGCGUUGGAGGAGAUCGGCGGAAACAACCGCUGGAUGUGGCUGGUGUUCGUGCUGGCGUCUGCGCCGGGCAUCUUCAACAUUUGGGCGCUCACCUCGUACGUGUUCCUGGCAGCCGAGCUGGAGUAUUGGUGCGACACGCCGGAGCUGCAAGCAACCAAUUGGACGCACGCACAAAUACGUAACAUCACUGCAGGGGACCCGGACAGCAAAAGCUGCAACGUGGCCAACUUCAGCAGCAGCUUCCUGCAGGAGUUGUCGGCGAUGCCCUUCGAACAGGCGGAGGUGGAGGCGCGGCGCGUAAAGGACGACUUCGGGAGCCGGCGGUGCUCGCACUUCUCCUUCGUGGAGCAGGGCACCUCCAUCAUAGAGGAGUGGACACUGGUUUGUAAUCGGCUGGUGAUGUUAUCGAAUGUUCAAAUGGUAGUUGCCCUUGGAAAAUUUGCCGGUGCUCUACUCUUUGGAUUCGUUGCAGAUAAAUGGGGACGAAAGUGCAGUUUUGUAAUAUCAUGUAUUAUGUAUAUUGUAGCUGGUCCAAUAGCUGGAAUUUUCCCUAUAUACUGGGUGUUUGUAGUUGCUCGAUUUGUGCUGGUGACAGAAGUCAGCAAUGCCAGUCGAAGAACUCUGCUAGGCAUUUUGUACAACAUGUCUUAUCCUUUGGGGCUGCUCAUUCUGCCCGUUAUAGCUUACUAUGUGCCUCAAUGGCGAUGGUUACAGUUGGCGACCUCCAUUCCAGCUGUUUUACUCAUUAUCAAUUGUUGGUUGAUUCCAGAGUCUCCACGUUGGCUAUUAUCCCAGGGACGCCGUGACGAUGCCUGGGCUAUUGUCAAGAAAGCUAACAAGGAGUUGGCAAAGACUCGCCAAACUCAUCUCACGCCUUUGGGAACGGACAAUGCAGGCCCUGAUACAAGUGACCUCUCGUGGGUUGGAAAAUUAAAAGCCUCAAUGGAAAAAUUUACAAGUCUUCUUUUAAAUUGUGAUUUGUGCAUGCGCCUGAUGAUAUGCCAGUAUAUGUGGUGUGUUACAGCACUUUCAUACUAUGCACUAUCCCUGAAUGCUGAUAAUUUCACUGCAGACAGGUACAUCUACACCGCUGCAUCUGGAGCAGUAGAAGCCAUCAGUUACGUGAUUCCAAUCCCAAUCCUACGCUACAUAGGUCGUCGCCAAACUUCAGCAGCGAUGUAUCUUCUGUCAGGAGCUGCUCUUUUGUCCAUUUUAGCCAUUCCAAAAGAGAGCGGCAUGGCGAUUCUCGCUGUGGCUAUGGUUGGCAGACUCUGCAUUAGUGCCGUGUACUCCGUAAUCAUUCUGUACACGACUGAGCUGUUUCCUACUGUGAAUAGAAAUACUGCAGUUGGUAUAAGCUCCACAAUGUCUCACGGUGCUGUGGGAAGAAACAUUCCAAGUACCAUAUGUGGUCUGAUUUGCCUCUCGGCUGGAUUGUUGGUGCUUUUGUUACCAGAAACCAAAGGAAGAGCAUUAUGUGAUACAGUGGAAGAAAUGGAAGAAAAUGCCCUCAAAGGAGACAAAGUGGCCAUUCGAAAUUGUUGCUCAAUGAAUUAAAUUGAAAUUACCAAAGCAAUAAACUUUUGUUGUUAAUUUUUCUGUAAUAUAGUAUUGAUAAUAGACUGCUCAAACUUGGAUUUCUUCACACCUACAAUUGCCAUGAAGUACAGGCCCAAUGAGAAUAGUUUUAUUAUCUUGAAAGUUAAUGGAACAUAAGGUUGUUUAGGAAUAACAGUUGUACUGUUUAACAAUAAUUUUCUAUAUAAAACGAUGAUAUUAUGAUAUGGGGCCGUCCGUAAAUUAAGUAACGCAAAUAUGGAGUACUUUUAUUACCCAACGCCUCUGUAACAUAUGCUUCAUCCCCUUUUACCAUAAGUAAAAAUUAAUUACAUAACAGAAAAAACUAAUUGUAUUAAUUUUAUUGGUGUAAUUUAUUCAAUGUAUGGUACUUAAGGUCAGAAAUAGUUGGUGAUGCUGACUGUACUUAACAAUAUUCUGGGUCGGCCAUUGGUGUCGAGUACGAGUGGGUACGAGUGAGUAAUAGUUGACCCUGGUGGUACCCCUCAUCUCCCACUGAAAAUGUAUAUGAAGAGAAAAACACAAAACAAUUUUGUUUUCAAAUUGUCAUAUUUAUCAUUAAAUUGUUAUGCCAUCUAUUUUAUGUAACCUUCAGCUGUUCAAUUUUGCAAUGCGAAAACAAGUGUUGCGCUUUGCGAUGUUUUUUUCAAGAAAACUCCUUGAACAAUUUUUGCAAAUCGAUUUUGUCGUUCAUGUCGAUGUUAACAUAAAAUCGCACUCCUGUUGUGCCAAUCUUGCAACUUAGUUGAUUGCAACGAUUACGUUUUAAUUCGGCGUAAUACCGAGAAACGUUUGGAAUUUAACAUUUGUGGAAUAUUUCUCUCAUCCCAAAUUUUUCAUGUGGGGUAUAGAUACCCAUCAUUCCCAUAUUAUCUGCUGGGCCUGACAAUAAGAUUGGGAACAAGUUUUGAGUGAAGGAAGAGAGGAAGCAUAGGCGAGAAACUUUCUGACAUCAAGCCAUACACCUGCUGAUGUGAAUUACUUUAGUGCCAAUAGAAGUCUACUACAUCAAAGUAAUUGAAUUUUAGAACACACUAAGAAAUAGUUUUGAAUAUUUUC